GCCCCAGGCAUGUGCCCGCUUCCUCGCUCUUUAGAGGUUCUGGCCCCGCCCCCACCCGCGCUCCGCACAUUAUCCCCUAACUCCUGUAACGGCUGGAAUGGAGACGAGCUGAGCCCCCGAGUGUCAGUGCUAGAGUUGACAGAGGACACUUGAUGCUCCCUAAGGCUCAGACUCUGUGCUGUGACAAGGGCCAUGAGCUACCCUAUGACUUCUUCACCUAAGGAGCAUGGCUUACCUUCAUCGCCCCCAUCCUCCCCUGUUCUCCUUAAUCAGGAAAUUAGACCAGUAAAACCAGUAACCUGGGACUGGCAAUCAAAACCAGAGCUGUGGGCUCAGGUCCUUCGUCAACAACUCAAUGCCCAGCUGCAGCUUUCCCAGAAACCGGACCAGUCUCCAGCAGUGGAGCUCCUUUUAGCUGAACUUCAGGUCCUUCUGACUGCUGUACUCAAGGAUGGUAGUCCUGCAGCUUGGUACUACCUGUAUAAUGUUCUGGCCUCUCUGUCACCUUACCAGACGCUGCUUUGUGGACACCUUCACAUAGUCCCUUUGCUGGAGCAGUUAUAUGCCUGGGCCCCCCACAUCCAGGCCCAGCUUGGUCUGGAUUUUCUGGAGAUGCUGAAACAGACCUUUCCGCCAGACACCUCUAUGAUGGUCCCAUCCAGCCACACUUCUUGCAGAAACCAGAAGCUGAGAGUACCAUACUCCCAAGCUGGUUUGGGCCCACCAUGCCCCUUUGUCCAAGCUGAACAAGGGCAGACGCAGAAGUCUACGAAUGAGGAUAAAAACUGGGUGUACCCUGUGACCCUCUCUCAGCUACAAUAUGCUCUGGGCAUUGUGGGAGUAGAUGUGGCCCAUGAUGAAGCCUUCUGGAUGAAUGGCCUUGGUCUUCUGCCUUUGGCCUUGGCCACAAACAUCCCUGUGAAGUACCUCAGCAGAAAAGAGGAGGAGUAUCCUGAAAGUGGUGCCGGAUAUACACAUCAGCUCUUAAUUGCUACUGAAGAAAGGAGCACUGAAAUGGUAAGCUCUGACUUCUCAUCUAAGGCUAACCUGCUAAAGAACAAGAUCAUUUCUUUUCUUCAGGAGAGCAAAUACCGAUCUCAAAUCCAUUUCAUUUACCUCAAUUUGGUGACUACUGGGGGUUUCAGGCCAUACUGCCUGACAGUGGUGCCAAAGAGACUGGCAAAUCCAGAGCACUACAUCUUUUCUCCUUUUGGAAUCCUGCAUGUGCAUCCUGAGGAAGGCAAUGAGUUUAUAACCCUGGGGGUCUGGCACCGGCAUGCCAUGCUCUGGCAACGACUCCAAAACAUCUCUUUCUUCAAGCAUUAUUUUGUGAGGAAGGCCUUUACUUGCUGGAGGAAGAAUGUUAAAAGGCAGGUGCUGCAGAAACGCAAGGAUUUCCUGAGGAAUUACCUGUUCUUUGCAAUACCCCACUUUGGGAUUUGUCUGCUUCAUAUUAACAGGUUUUUGCAAGAACUAAAUUCUGUUUCCUGGCUGCCCCAGGAGGAAAAUCGAUGUUAUACGCUAACUGAGCUGCAGCGGACCCUGGCUAAGAUGAAUAGAGAGGCCUUGAAGGUGUUGCGACGUUAUCUCCGCCUCUCUGCAGCUGUGCUCCAGUUGGUGCAUGAAGACACAUAUCGCAUGCGGCAGGGCCUGCAGGAGCGAGUGGAGAGCGUCUCUGAGUACAGUUCAGCAAAGGGCUCCAUGUACCGAAAGUGGUUUCGUAGGCAGCAGCUAAUGCAGAAGCUGAACCGAGCUGAGCUGUGGUGGCAACUUUUGGGGCGCCUUGCCUGCCUUGUUGACCUCAUGACUUGUCAGAACCUCAUCUCUAUUUUGGAGAACGAGCUGAUCAAAUUUGUUACUUGUGUCCUACAGGCUCCAAGGACAGUUGCCUUGCUGACAGGAAAGUUAGCCUUUGAUGAAGAUGGAAAGCUACUCGUGGUGCCAAGUGCAGAGCAGAUGGCUCAUAGUUUAUCUGAAGGGUUGAAGACUGUGGUGACCUCAGCCCUAACGGUCAUGAAGACUGCAGAUCCUCAAACCCCUGUAAACCUUCCCCAAGCUUCAGAUGAGGCUCAGACGGGAGGAAGCACAACGAACACUUCAACUAUGCUAGUGGAGGAAGAGGAUGAAGAGGAAUUAGACUCUGCCUUAAUUUCCUUGGCAUUGCGGGCCCAGUCUAAUGAAGCCGUCAGAAUCUUUUGUGGCCCUGAGACAGAGAUGGUGCGCUCCAGGAAGCCCGACUCCAGUGCCAGACCUCUCGAGGUACUUGGACACAGAAUAAGAUCCCAGUAUGCUCCUCCUAGCCGAAUCCAACUACAGAUUGAUUUGGACACAAAUGACGGAAUCCAAAAGGCUCUGGCUACCCAAAAAACAUUAGUAGAGGAUAUGCUGUUGGAAGUGAAGAAGUUCUGUCAGAAUUAUAAAUGGCUCAGGAACAUUCACCAGUUUCUGAAAAACUGGGGUCCCCAGAAAUUGGAGUCCAUUGAGAACUGGUCCGCUACAAGAUACCAGAGGCUCCUCACUGAUCUGGAAUCCUGGCAGAACCGAGUGAGUGAGGUGCCUACGGAAUUGUUCACUGAAAAUCUGCUACUGCGGCUCAACUGUAAUUGUGUGCAGACAGACAUUGGGUCACUGUUGAAGAAUGUCAAGGAUGACAUCCUGGCUCAGGUGAAUAGUGUGAGGGACACUGAAUGUGAAGAGCUCAUGAAUGAACUCUCAGAGUUUGUGGAAGUUUUCCAAAACAUCUUUGAUGACAUCCAGACCAUUACCAAGUGUUUCCAGAAGCUGACAGAGGCCAAUGAGAAGAGUGAAGACCUGGAGGAACGAGUAGAUCAUGUGUGUGCUCUCAACAACAUCAUCCGAUCCCACUUUGGCAAAUUAUCCUAUGAGGAUGAGGGGCUGGAGAUUGCGCUGCUAGAUGUGUGGGAGACCUUCCUCUUUGAGCGGCAACAGGCCUCCGAGGUCCUACUGGGCAGGCAGAGCACCUUGGUGCCCCAGCUCCAGGAGAUGAUGUCAGAUGCCCUGAAAGAGAUGGAAGACUUGAGCAUUCAGGCUCUCAAUGACCCUUUCAUGGAUCCCACCCAGGACCAGCACAGCACUGAGCAGGAACUUAUCAAAAUGGAGCAUAGAUAUUUCUCCAUUUCUGCCCACCUGGCGGAGCUGCACCAUGCCUAUGUCAUCCUAAGUGGGGAACGCUCGCCAGUGCCAGAGCCUCAAAGAGGGCCCCGGCCCAUUUUACUGCAGCAGCGUGUCUGGCAUCUCUUUCGUGUGAUUAGUGAACAAAUUAGUGAAUGGAAAUGUCUGGCUUUUAGUAAGUUCAGCACCUCUUUGGCCUGGGACAAGACAGAUGAAUGGUUGACUGAGGCCGCCAAGUUAAGCAGGCUAUUCAUGGUAGCAAAUCCUGUAAUACAAACCUGUAUGCGCCUGGUGGAGGAAUUUCGGAGCUAUUUGCCAGUGCUUUCUAUGAUGGACUACUCCCACUUGCAAAUCAGCAGCUGGCACUCCAUUUUUCGAGCCAUGGGGGCAGGCUGCCCUGAGAACAUUGAACUCCUGACCUUGGGCCAGCUGCUUUCCUACCCUCUGCUAGAAUACCGAAAUCGAAUCUCUCAGAUAUGGAUUAAUGAGAAUGAGCGCCACCAGAUUCAGGAUAGUAUGCGGGAGCUGGAACAGACUUGGAAGGGCCAACAGCUCCGUCUUCUCAAUUUUAUCCUUUAUGUGCCCUAUGAGCCACCUCCUUCAGAGAAUUCCCGGAGACAUUCGCACAGCCGAGGCCAAGGACAGCAGUUGGAAAUAGUGGCUAAGGACAGCGGUACCUAUAUGCUGUCUGAUAUCAGUAGCCUGCAAGAUGGAAUUCAAGAAAGCCUGCAGACACUACGCAAAAUCUUGAACUCCCAAUAUACUGAGAAUAUCCGGGACCAAGCCCAGGAAUGGGUGGCCAUCUUUCGAGGCUUACGUGCCUUGAUGGAAGUUUGGGUAGUAUUCCAACAGAAAUGGAUUUUUCUGAAUAAAGUUAUCUAUGAGAUGAAGAUCAACUUGCCUAGCCCAGAACUGAGUAGAAGGUUUCAAGUGGUAGACUCUCAAUACCGAGAGCUUAUGCAGAUCUCCUUGGAGGAUCCUCUGGUGUUAUCCCUCAUGGUGCCCAGUGGGUCACGAAAUCCCAGAUUCCAGGACCAGCAGCUGCAGAGGCUCCUACACGUGGGCAACUUCGAACUGGAGCACAUAACCAUUGCUCUAGAAACGGUGCUCUAUGGGGUGCGCUCACGCUUCCCUCGCCUCUUUUUCCUCAGUGACGGGGAGCUCGUGGCCCUGAUGUCGGCCCCCCGGGAGGCCGCCGAGACUCAGCUGUGGGUGCACCGCUGCUUCCCCCACAUUCAGACCGUGGUGUUUCAGCCAUGCAGCAUCUCCUCAGGACCCACUGCCCUGGAAGUCAAAGAAGAGGCCCAGUCCAUUGUGGGCAAAUUUGGAGAGGUCCUGGCCCUGCGCUCUCCCCUGCCCCUACAACAUGAUAUCCCCAAGUGGCUGAGCAGCCUGGAACAGUGGAUACGGGCAGCCCUGGUAUAUGGGCUGUCAGACUGUGUGGCUGCUCGCCUGGCCCUAAAUCAGUCCUUGGACCAUGUUUUUCAGCAACCUCAAGGUCCUGGGGAGCCCCACCUGUAUCUUCAUAGUCAUCAUUGGCUAGACUUGGCCCAGGCCUUUCCAGUCCAGUGUGUGCUGGUAGCCGAAGAGGUGGCCUGGCGGACCCACGUGGAGGAGGCAAUGCAGAAUAAAAAGGUCCACCUCCUUAGUUUCAUGCAGCUCCGUAAAAUGGAGGCCUUGUCCAAUUUUGCCCGCGAACAGCGGAACACCCAUAUUGGUCACCCUCCCCCCUCACCUAGACUGUCCUUUCUGCUGACCCUGUUGCUUACAAGGGUUAUAGCCCAUCGGGACACAGCAGUACUUUUGCAGCAGCAACAAGUCACUGAGUCUGAAGACUUCCACUGGGCCCGCCAGUUAAAGUACUACUUGGGUCCUCAAAAUAGCAGCCAAAUCCCAGAUUCUAAUGAGUCACCCAAAGUUGGCUCAUCCCGUAGGAAAAAGCCCACAUGUUGGGUGGAAGUACUGGGGCAUCCCUUCCUAUAUAGCUAUGAGUAUGUGGGCCCCGGCCAGAGACGCAUAGCCUCCCUACUGCUUGAACGACCUGCUCUGGGACUGCUUUUGGCUCUGAAAGAAGCCGCUUGUGGGACCCUCCUUGGCCCUAUUGGAGUUGGCAAGAGUGCCUUAAUGGGCAGACUGGCCUCUGCCCUGGGCCGCCAGUUGGUGAUCCUCCAUUGUGUAAUGCACAUGGAAGCCCACUGCCUGGAGUCCUACCUGAAUGGAGCCCUGCAGAGUGGCGCCUGGCUCCUGCUAAAAGCUGCAGGUGCCUUGCCAAUUGGCUUGCUCUCGGCUCUGGGCCAGCGCUUGGAUGAUCUGCGGCGUCUCUAUUUACCUCUGCUUUUGGGAGCUCCAGAAAUUUCUGAGUUGGAUCCUCUGAAGCCUCAGAUCCUAGGCAAUAGCUUCUUUGAAAAUCAUCGAGUUCAUGUGCGCUUUGGCUAUGGAUGCUUUUUAACACUCACCCACCUGAGUUCCACAUUGCCCACCAACCUACGCUUCCUGAUUCGCCCUGUGACCAUGGCACUGCCAAAUCUAAGACAGCUGACUGAAGUGACCCUGAUGGGUGCUGGACUCCGGGACGCUGUGCGCCUGGCAUCUCGUCUGGCCACAUUCUUCACCUUGGAGCAGGCCCUAGAGCCCAGGCUGCUGCCCAGCCGCCUUCCCAUCCUGGUACAGAUCCUGGAGACUACCCUACAAUUCUUGGAAACUCCCAAGGAACAACAGGGCCUCCAACUUCCUCGAACCCUAGGUGCUGCAGAGGAGGCUGCUCUGCUUCAUGCCCUGCUGCACUCACCACUGUUUAAUGGUCCUGAGCGACCUCACCUCCUUAUGCUGCGUCAGCUGCUCCGUGACAUCUUUUCAGGGGCAGGCAAUGUGCUGGCCACACCAUGGGCUGUAACUCCACCCAAAUUGACAAAAGAAUUACGGAAGAUUGGCUUGUCUGUGGGUCCUGAUUUCCUGUGCUCCUUAGAGCAGUUGAGCCAGGCCUUGAGGCAAGUGCGUGGAAUAUUGCUCAUGGGUCCACCUGGCAGUGGGAAGAGCACAUGCUGGCAGGCCCUGGCUAAGGUCUGGAACCAGCUGGUAGCCAGGAACAAAGCCUCUAGAGAUGUUAGGCCUGUGAAAACCACUUCCCUGUAUCCUAGUAGCCUUAAUCCAGAGGAAUUCCUAGGUUGGUUUGAAGAACACUAUUGGAAUCAUGGGGUCUUUUCCCAGCUGUUGUGGGCUGGUAUGAACCAACAUAUGAGGGAACCACAGGGAAUUCAGCAUUGGAUCGUCUGUGAUGGAGUGCCUAGUGCUGCUUGGCUGGAUCCCGUUGCCUCCUUGCUAAGUAAUGCUGCUAAUAUUAGUCUGCCCAAUGGUCAACAAAUACCUUGGCCACGAGAUACCUGGUUCCUGCUAGAGAUUGUGAACACAGCUGGUAUGUCUCCUUAUAUAAUAGGAAGUUGUGCCCUGGUAUAUUGUGGAGGGCAUCAGACAUGGCAGGCAAUGCUUGCAACUCUAAUGACAGAACUGCCUCGAGAGUACUAUUUGCUCCCCCAAACCAUGGUUGAGUUGCAAGAUCUAGCGGAUGACUUAGUGCCCCCCAUGCUUCACUUCCUAAACCGCCAGGGUGCCAACUCUGUGCUCCAUGUCCAUGGACAGCCAGCAUCCAGCCCAGGUGUGGCAGAGAUCUACAGCAUGACCCACCUCCUUCAAGGGCUGCUUAAUCCCUAUCUGCACUACACAGAAGAGGAGCAAUACCACAUCACCAGUGGGGAUAACAUGAGCCAUUCAAGCUCAAUGGUCCAAGACUCUGAAGGUACUCAAGAAAGCAUAUCUGCUGAGGGACUCCAGAAAGAUAUGGACGGGGACAAAAAACGUCGAAACCAUUUGCUGGCUAUCAAUAGCUUCCUCUUGGCUUUUAUUUGGGGCUUUGGAUCCCACCUCCCAUCCAGGCAUUGGUCUACCUUUGACAACUUUGUUAGGGGAAUUUUGAAGCACCACUCUGAAUACCCUGAGCUGCCUACCUGUACCUCUGUGUUUGACUUACAUCUUUGCUCUGAGGACGGAUCGUUGGUGCCUUUCUCAGGCCUGUAUUUGAGCAAACGGAUCAAGGGAACUAUAGGGACCUUCAACUUUUCAGCCCAGGCAGAAUGUGUACUGUAUGUGACAGAUCUCCUCUUGUCAGCGGGACAUCCUGUGCUGCUGACUGGAGAGACUGGCUCUGGAAAGUCUGCCUUUGUGGAAGUGCUGGUGGAGCCCAACCACCCAUGUGUGCAUAUACCAAUCCAUUUGGCUCUUACCACAACUCAUCUAAGAAACCUUCUGAAUCAAGAGAUCCAGAAACAGAACCAGAAUUGGCCGGGGAAAAUAGUGCCCCCCAGGGGCUCUUUUCUUUUCUAUCUGAAGGAUCUGCACAUGGCAGCAGCUGACCCCACGAGAAAAUGUCAACCUGUGCUGGAGACACUGCGACAGGUCCUGAGUCAUAGCACAUUGUAUGACAACGACACCCUGGAGCUGCAGGCAGUGCCCACCACUUUCAACUGGCUGGCCACAGCCACAGCCCCCUGCUGUUCUGAGCUGCCUUUGUGCUCACGCUUGACCCGGCUCUUCACAGUGCUGCUGCUGGACAACGUAAGCCGGGUGACCAUUUUAUCCAGGCACUGCGCAGGGGUCCAGGCCUGGCUUGAGCGCUUCCCCUCCCUAGAGAAGAAAGAAUUGAUGGCAAGGGCACUGGUCACUGCCACUCUGGAUGCCUGGGAGGAAAUGCGGACCCACUUCCCUGCAUCCCCCCACAGACCUCACUACCGCUUCUCUGCACAUACUAUAGAACAUCUGCUCAACAGUCUGCAGUUGCUCUACCCUCGACCUCCAGUGCGCCUUGCUCACACAUCUUCUCGGCUGGAGCAGCUUCGUCGCAUGUCAGGCCUCCGGGGCGCCCCCUUGGUCACUCUAGUGACCGUCAGGACCGUGGCCCACCUCUGGCUGCACGAGGCCCAGCGCAUCUUUGCCGACCGCCUUAUUACAGACACAGAACGGGAGCGCUGUGUUCAGAUGCUGCUGGCUGUUGCAACCAGUGCUUUUUGUUCAAAUACUGAUUACAAGAGCAUUUGGGAAUCAGAAGAGGUAGAGGAGGAAGGGAAGGAACUGGUUCCUGAGGUAGAGUCUGAGGAGGAGUUGGCCCAAUGGGAAGAUCACAGCAGCAGCGAAAGUGAAGAUGAGGAUGAACCUGGGACUAGAGACUUGCUGGCCUUGACUGUGAAUUGGUCUCCACUGGGCUCUGGUCCCAAAUUCCUGAACUUGCCAUUGACUGGGCCAGCACCACUUGACCAGGCCCCUCCCUCAGUCAUCUCUGUGACUUUGAGCCAUAAGAAUAUUUCUUCUACAAAGCUAGAGAAAAAAAGUAAGAUUCGGUGGCAGAAAGCUUAUCACCUGAGUGUCUCAGUCCCGCUGUUGCUACCUGCACUACUGCUACUGCCCCAGGAAAGGGCCUCUGAGCUGCUCUUCACCCAGGAACUGUCACUGGAAUCCACUAUGGAGGAAUCUAGACUCUAUUUGCAGCAAACCUGGGAGGUCCUAGAGCAGCAGCUGGAGACUGCGCUGCCAGAGUUGGGCCCAGGUCCCCGGCUUUCCUCAUGUCGCCCCUUUGCCCAGCAUGUGGCCCGCUUGGCCCGGGUAUUGGCUGGUCCACAACAACAUGGAAUUCUACUAUCGUAUACCAGGGGAACAGGACGACGAACUGCUCUAUACCUGGCUGCCCGACUUAGCCAGGCUUGCCUCUUUGAGCUGCCCCUGGAGCCUAAGGAGGCUGUAUUGAAAUGCCUCAAGCAAGCUGUCUGGCAUGCAGGGUUCGUGGGCAAGCCAGCAGCCUUGAUGGUGCCAGAGAGAGCAAGUUCCUCCCUUUUGAAUCUUCUUUUAGGCCUUGCACAAGAAGGGUACUUCCCUGGCCUGUACUCAGAAGAGGAGCUGAAAACCAUUGCUGAGCAGCUGCCUUUAGAGAAUAUAGCCGUCAAGAUUAGACCCAAGAAGGAAAUGGUGCUAUUGAGGUUCCGCCGGCUGGUAUGCAAUAACCUCCAUGUAUUCAUCUUGAUGUCUGAGAGUUCCAGACCUCCUCAGAUCCGCCCCACCACUUUUCUGGCUCUCCUUGAUCGUGCUUGCAUCAGCAUUGACUAUUAUGAGCCCUGGAACAAGACUACCCUAAUCAGCCUGGCCCAGCAUUACAUGGAGAGUAUCUUUAACAAAAGGCUAGAACUUGAGUGUCCUCGGCUCCCAGCUCUGAAGGCCUCUGUUGCCAAUAUAGCCAAAGUUAUGGCUCUGAUCCAUCUAUCAGCUACCAAAUACUAUCAGCUCCUCUGCCCACUGCUGCCCUUAGCUACGCCCAAGACUUUCCUGGACUUCUUGGAUACCUUCUUGCUGCUGUUCUUCCACCUAUCCAAUCGCAUCCAGAACAAGAUCCAGCGGAUUCAGACGGCCCUGGGGAAACUGACCAUGGUGAUAGAGCAGAACACCGCCCACUAUCGCUUGGUGGAAAACCUAGAGAAUGAGCUGCGAAGUGCCCAUGAGGACCUCCUUAAUUGUCAGAAGCAGUUGGAGGCAGACAGGAUGCAGUAUCUUCAGUUCUUAAAGAAUUGUGAGCAACAGGAGGUGGUACUCAGCAAUCUUACCAAACAGAGAGACGUACUGCAGAGCCAGGAAGAGUCACUAGCUGAAAAGAUGGACGAGACUUUCUUGGGGCCCCUAAUCCAGCUUAAGGUGGCUGAUGUAGAAGAGCUGCGUAGUUACAGAGCUCCCCCUGCUUCUGUGGUGGCGGUGACUGAUGCCCUCUGUGUCCUGUUCCAUUGCCCCCCAGGAUGGGAGAACGCCAAGCAACUACUAGGCAAAGAGGGCUUUUUUGAGGACCUUUUAUUCUUUAACAAAGGGACAGUAGGAGAAGCAGAUCUGCAGAGGCUGAGUCAGAUAAUGGAAGACCCAAGCAUGAAACAGGAGAAGCUGUGUCACGUGAGCCGGGCUGCAGCAGGGUUAGCUUCCUGGUUGCGGGCUAUAUUAUGCUUUGGAUUGGCCCAGCGCGAAGGGGUACCCACAUCGAUGCUACUGAAGCGAGUGGAGGACUCGCUGUUGUUUGAGCAGAACCGCAUGGGCCGCUGCCAAAUGCACACAAGGGAGCUUCUACAGCAAAACCAAGUUCUGGCUCUUCAGGUUGAACAGGCGAGGCAGUUCCACAAUCUGCUGGCCGAACGGCUCAGUAAGGCGUUACAGAGCCGGGAAACAAAGGGACAGGUUCAGGCUGCCCUGAUCACCCCCAUGAAUGUAUGGACUGUCCUUCUUCAGAAGUUCAGGCUGCCUUGGUUAUGAAAGUUUUUUCACACUCUUCAGGGAACAUCACUGAAGAGGACAGAAAAGAUAAGGAAGAGAUAAAGAAGGACAAGUCUUAUGAGAAAGAGAAGAAGGAAGAAG